AUGGCCAACAUAGUCAGCAACGAAGCUCUCCAAAUCGCAUCUCAAAUCUCCGCCUUCCAAGCUCCCGUCGACGCCGCUCAAGAAGAACUGAACACCCUCUCAACCGCCAAACGCAGUCUCGAAAUGUCCCGCACAGAACUAAUGAAUCUCGACAUCGGCACCAGCAAAAUCAGCCACUCAAUCGAGGAACUCGACUCCCGCAUCGAUUCGAAAACGCCGCGUCCGAAUACGCAGAGGAAAAAACUAAACUCCAAAGAGAAGAUCCAGCCGCUUCGCGCACAAAUCAAAAGCGUGCAUCAUGCCGUUGGCUUCCGAUUCGAUAAACAUGGAUGUCCGGAAUUUACCAAUGAUACGAAUAGUCAAGAGUGGAAAUCGCUGGCGAGUAAUGUCUCCGCAUAUGUAUCGGCCACGAUGAAAUGGCUUGGCAACGAUGUUGCGGCGCAGAUGAAUCGAGCUGCUGCAAAUCAGAUUAGUGAUCAAGUAUCCAAACAUAGUACUUCGGGUACUCUUGUGAUUUCCGUUUCUUGUACGCAUAAGAAUGCAUCCGUUCUAACUCCCUUCGCGCUUAAUGUCGACAGAGCAAUUAAAGUCUAG